UUGCCGCACGGACCAAGACAUUUACGCACCGCUAUUGAAUAUACCCGCCGUAACAGCUACAAUUUAGAGGUAGGUUUUUGGAGGAGGCAUUUACUUUGAAUUCACUCUGAAUUAUAUAUUCCAACGGCAAAAUGUCCUUAAUAAUGAUUUAGGUAGUAGCGCCAUAGCCCUUGAAGAUGGCCACCGAGGGUUUGACUUGCCCGGAAUGUGGCUCCUCGAAUAUAGUGGACGACCAACUUUACUCACAGCCGCAAUUAGUGUGUGAAGACUGUGGUUCUGUAAUCUCAGAAGGACUACUUACCACUACCGCCAGCGAGGAGGUGCAAGGCACAGACAUCGCAUACCGCUACACCACAGCUGUAGACAAACAGCCUUGUCGAAAUUUAAUCAAAGGCUUGCAGCGGUUGCGUGCGUUCUGUCGCAUCCUCAGACUGAAAACGGACACGGAACAGAUGUCAGAGACCUUUUACAAGCAGGCAUACAGUCACCCCCACUUCAUCAACGUCAGCCUUCAGAAGAAAGAGGUUUUGGUGGGAUGCUGCGUGCUGGUGAGCUGUCGGCUAUGCAACUGGCCCAUCGGCAUGGGAACCAUCUGCAGCCUCCUGGAGGCAGACCCAAACCUGCUGGGUGUGGUCUAUCUGCAGAUGAUGAAGACUCUGAAGAUAGAGGCUCCCAACACGGCUAUCAUUGAAAUGCUGGAGGCGCACUGUCAGGAAUACAAACUCAGGCCAGAACAUGUCUCUGAAGGGUUGUCUGAGGACGUCAAGGCUCUGACAAAGCGAGCCACAGCCUUGAUAGAGCUGGCAGCAGAUACCUGGAUUGUGACAGGGCGCCAGCCGGUCCCCAUGAUGAUAGCCUGUACGUUCUUGGCAUGGCAGUCCCUGAGGCCCACCAAGGAUCGUCUUAAAUACUCAGUCGACAAGUUCUGCCAGAUGGCCAAAGUCAACCGGAACCAAACGGCUCCGAAGCGGGUGAUGGAGCUGAAGAAGGUGCUUAGCAAGCUGGGCCAGGAGAUCCCCUGGCUGAGGGUGGAGGUGACGCUGGCGAACGUGAUGCCGCACGUGGACGACAUCAUGGAGAACCAGAGUGCGCUCCUGAGGCGAGCCAUGCGGACCUACGAGGAGUCCUUGCAGGAUGAAGACCAGCCAGACCCACAGGAGGAUCCCCCCGGGGAACACGCCACUCUGGCCAGCCCGGAGGGAGCAGCACCAUGCCAGACCUCCAGGGAUCCAGAGCACCCUCCUCCAGCGCAGCCCUGUUUGGCGGCGUGUGAACCGGACGGAGAGCGGGCCCAGGCCCCCAGCGACGCCGGCCCAACGACGGGCACUGAUGUGCAGCAGGAGGACGACGACGAACCCCUCGAUCAUGCGGACGCCCGGCCGCUCCUGGUCCCGGUGGAAACCUGGAGCAAAAAGUACCUGUUUGUCCCCCCUUGCGUCAGGCAUCCGAAGAAGAGGAAGAGGAGGGCGGAGACGCCCAUGCCCGAGGUGACUGGCGACGAGGACAUCUCAGACAGUGAGAUCGACAUGUACAUCCGCACCCCGCAGGAAGUAAGAGACUUUGUGAAGACCAAGGAGAUUCUUUCGGAGGAGGAGGAGGAGGAGGAGGAACAGUGACAGGAAGGGGAAUUUAGGGUGCACCAAUACUGUACGUGUGACUUACUAAUGCAAUGUGUGCUUCUGGGUAAUGACAUUACAUUUUACUUGGGUGGAUGGAUUGGAAUGCAACCUGGGCCUAUGAAAUUAAUUUUUAUUUAAUUCAGUUAGAAAUGCUGGAAGGGUUUUGUUAUUUUUCUCUAUGAAUAAAGUGGGAACUCAUCCUUUUAUAAACGAUGCACAAAUUAAAUAUUUUCUUCUGAUUUUGCCGCUGCCCUCAAACUGUUUUUGUAUUAAGAUUCUCAGCACCUAGCAGAUGGAUACAAUUUAUUUCUGUAGAAAUAGGCCUAGCUGAAUACCUCCAGGGAUAAUAACCAGAUAUGUAUUCCAUAAUUGACCUUGUUACAAUUUUCUCAGUAUUGGACAGAUUCAUGUUACAAUGAAAGUAGUCUCAGUUGCCAUGCAGGUAUACAGUUUAUGGCUGUACUGGUUAUUGGUAACCAGUCAUUAACCUAAUUUUAGGUUCAUUUAUAAAAAUAUAAAAGACAAAUAUAUUUUCUGCUGUGAGGGAGACCUUUUCUGUCAUACUAAUCAGAUUUAGGUCAUGGCCUCUAAAUAGAUGAAUUGCUAUGUUGAGCUUGUGAUUGUUUGAUGGAUAGGUGGUUAUUAGAAGAUAGUUUAUGAUUCACCAGUUUAUCCUAGUACAUUUGUCCUGUAUGCUUGCAAGUUUUUCCCAUCUCACACAUUCACACAAAGAAAAACUAUUUGAAUAGAUUCUUGAUCAAUGAGAGCAUUUCUAUGGUCUGAAGGAAUAUGAUUUGAUUAGCCUCAAUCUAUUGUAA